CCCAUUGAAUAUGGUGCAAUGUGACAUGAAUUCCAACACCAUUCAUUUUCUUGGGUACACAGACAAAUCACUUUGUAAGUAAUUACACACAGGCCACGCUUGACUAACUAGAGAUGCAAAAAAUAAAAACUUUAUUCAAAAUUCACCUGGCAGCUGUAGUAUUUUCCCAGAGAACUGAUAGAAAUAAAGGAAAGCAAUUUAGUUUUUACCUGCUCAGGAAACAUGUGUGAGAGGAAAGAUCAUUAUUGUACUCUCUGGCUUCCCUCUUUCCUACAUCCCUGGCUUCCAGGAUUACAGAUACAAGCAAAACAAACUGUCACUCAAAUUGUUGGUAAAAGUACAGGUUGCUUAUUUACACAGUGGUGGCUAAUGAGCAAGCUACUUGCUAACCUGCAUGCACAAACAUUCCAGCAACACAGAGAUGAGUGAGAAGUGUCGGACGGCAGUUUCUUCGCUCCCAGUGGGUUUCACAGUGAUAAUGAAAUGCCAACGGAUGUGUCUCUUGGCGGUCAACGCAUUUGGGGUAAAAUUUCAGUUUGGUUGAACCUUGGGUGGCAACGUCUUGAAAACCAGAGCAGUGCUACCUGGGACAGCGCAGCCAGCCUUGCUCUGCGUGAUGUUGCACUGCCAUGCAUGAAAGCAACAGAUAUAUCUUUCAGGAGCUGGUGGAGACAAAAAACAGAGCUAAUAGGGGAGAGAGUACUGUUCUUACAUUCGCCAGGGGGAUAUGUUCUAUGCUAAUAUUGCUGUAUGUGUAGACAAUUGUUGCUGACAAAUUCACUAUAAACUUACAAGGCAAGUUGUGUGUAUAGCUUUUUUCAGCUGGUCACAGGUGGCCAAGAAAAGUUAGUGCAUGUUUAAUAUCAAAGUAACUCAUCCCAUUUGUAGAGACCAUGAAUUUAGUUAUGAUCAGAGAUGAGAGACAAAUAUUGAGACAGUUUCACCAGCUUAUCCUUAUGAAUAAUGAACAGUGCAACUCCUUUCUGAUGAUUUAAAGAGGAUCAGUGAGAUUCAGUCAACAGUUUGCUACCUAUGACAUAAAGCGCAGUGCACUGUGAUAAACAAGAGAUGCGGAUAUAUUAUCAUGGAGAGACUGCAUGUGAAUGUCCUGUUAUUUAAAUGUUUGCCUCCUUCAUCCCUCUUCAAUCUUGUGAGAAAUAGAAAUAGAGGAAGAAAUAUUACCAUAGCCUUAAACAUAAAGAACAUCUUGUGCACAGUAUGUAAGCUAUUUAUGGACAACCAUUUAGCUUGAGAACUUUCAACCAUUUAAAACCUUGCGACCACCCACAUGUGCACGCGCACACGCGCCCACCAUCCUCUUCCACACCACCUGCAAGACGAGCGACGUGUGGUUUCUUCUUCUUCUUCUUCUUCUUCUGGUCAUCGUCGGCUUUGUCACUUGAGGCAGAGGAGAAAGAGAAGCAACUUUUUAAAAAAUUUCCUUUCGGAGAAGCGGUCCGGAGGAAAGCGGAGCGGAGCGGCAGCACAUACAGUGAGGCUGAUGUAGCGACCUUCUGUCUACACUGGUGGGAUUGUCCAAUAAUAAAGGACUUCGACUUUCCACAGAGAGGGCAAUUAGAUUAGUUUUUUUUAUUAUUGCUAUUAUCAGCUCAGAAAAGUCGCGGAAUUUACAUUUGCUGGUGAGAUGUGCUUCUGUGUCUGACUCAGCCUGUCCAGAUUUUCAUCAUUACAGAAACAACUUAAUUGAGGAUAUACCGAAAAGCAUGACCCUUUCGCACCUAAUUUAUUGGAUCAAAUUGUUUCUCUAAGUUACCAAAAUAAGAGUGUGUGCUAAGACAUGGGAGACACCAACAUCAGCCACAUGGCUGCAGCUUAUACAGAGAUGCAGGAGAGUCUCCCGGCAGGAAAGUUGGAUCAUUACAUGGACAACUAUGAUAUGGACUAUGGCAUCCCUCCUGAUGAAAUCCCAGACACCACGCAAGGCCAGGCCUUCUUUGUGGCCACCAUCGUUAUCGGCGUGGUCCUUGUCUGUAUCAUGCUUGUCUGUGGUUUGGGAAACUUCAUAUUCAUUGCCACACUGACACGCUACAAAAAGCUCCGCAACCUCACCAACCUGCUUAUCGCUAACCUGGCUAUCUCAGACUUCAUUGUGGCAGUGGUGUGCUGCCCGUUCCUGGUGGACUACUAUGUGGUUAAACAGCUUUCCUGGAAUCAUGGACUGGUGCUGUGCGCCUCUGUCAACUAUCUCCGGACCGUGUCACUCUACGUGUCCACAAACGCACUGCUUGCCAUUGCAGUUGACAGGUACAUGGCGAUAGUCCAUCCCCUCAGGCCUCGUAUGAAGUACCAAACCGCCUACUGCCUGAUAACAGGAGUUUGGAUUGUUCCCAUUCUGAUAUCAGUUCCCUCUGCCUACUUUGCCUCUGAGACCAUGUACCCUCAGGGCGGCACCACCCCAACCACUCACAAAGUUUUCUGUGCCCAGAUCUGGCCUGUGGACCAGCAGGCCUACUACCGGUCCUACUUCUUGUUUGUUUUUGCCGUGGAGUUUGUUGGGCCUGUGAUCGUCAUGGCGAUGUGUUACACCCAAAUCUCCCGCGAGCUCUGGUUCAAGAACGUCCCAGGUUUCCAGACGGAGCAGAUUAGGAAGAGGCUGCGUUGUCGCCGCAAGACAGUGAUGGUCCUGAUCGGGAUCUUGACAGCUUACAUCCUGUGCUGGGCGCCAUAUUACGGCUUCACCAUCCUGCGAGACUUUCAUCCAACACUCAUCUCCCGCCAGAAGAACUCACUGGUGGCCUUCUACAUCAUUGAGUGCAUUGCCAUGAGCAACAGCAUGAUAAAUACCUUCUGUUUUGUCACCGUCAAGAACAACACGGUUAAGCACUUGAAGAAGAUUGUACUUCUGCGCUGGAGAUCGACAUAUGCCCCCAAUAAGACUGUGGAUGAGAUGGAUAUGAGGACCUCCUCCAUGCCUGUAACAGAGGAGAUCGAAUGUAUUCACCUGAGGUGAAGAGAAGAAAAUCUGUAAUCUAACAGUUGAGAUUCGGACUGUUGACAUACAGACACUACAUAACUGAAGGAAAUGAUUGUGAGAUUUGACAUGGCAUUUCUCUCAUGUUUAAAUCAUAUUUUGGAAAGAUUACAAGCAUUAUGAAGCAGCAGGAAAGGUCAAACCCCAUAUACAGUACAGUACAUUGAUUAAAGGGCAACAUAGGUCAAACUUUCUUGGUCAGCAGUACAUGUAGCAUUUCUAUUUGGGGUAUUACUAGAAUGUAAUUGUUGUGCAUACUGUGACUAUACAGUGUAUUGUGAAAUGUUGAAGCAUACUGCAUGUAUAAGAUAUACAGAAGACUUAAAAAUAAUAGCAGCUGCUGCCGUAACUGAUCCAUGGUGUUGGCUACCUACUGUACAUGAGGUCAAUGUUUGUAUUGCCUGUAUAUGUUUAGAUGAAAUUGAUUUUCAGAAAGGUCAAAUGAUGCCUGACACUAAAGAAAAAACCCUUGCAUUGGCCAUUGCUGUUGUAAUUAAAUUAUUGUGUUUUCCAUUCAUGUUUUUUGCUUCUAAGAAAUUUUUAUUUAUAUUUUUUAGUCGUGUUGUCAUUUUGUGGAAUGAAGAGUAUGAAGAAGGUUCCUUUGAAGAACCAGCAAGAACAUCUUUUGAAUGUCUUAAAAAUAUUUUUUUCUCUUGAUUAUGUGUCAUUGAAAGGAAUCAGUGCAUUUUCUUGCAUGUUUUAUUUGUAGAUUAAUGCAUUUCAUGUGUGCUUAUGGUAAUAAAUAAUGAGUC